UCCGUGGCCGACCUCACUGCGCACCCUCCCGUUCCGCCUCCAGGUCGCCGUCCUCCCUCCUCCGCUCGCCACGCCACGCCACCAACCUCGCCCUACUAAACCGCGCGCCAUGCUCCUCCUCAGAUCCCACCACCUGCUCCUCCCCCACGCCGCCCGCCUCCUCCUCCGCCGCGCCGCCGCCGCUCCCCUGCCCCGCACCGCCGCCGCCGCCCGGCUCCGCCCGCUCCGGAUGUCGACCUCCAAUUCCAGCGCCAGCGCCAGCUCCCCCGCCGCCCCGUCGCCCCCCGCUGUGCCCAAGUCGAGGAUCCCCUUCUGCCCAGCCUGCGGGAGCCCGACGAAACUGGCCGUGCCGGACGGGGACGAGAAGAUGAGGGCCGUGUGCUCUUCCUGCGGGAGAGUCCACUACGAGAACCCCAAAAUGGUUGUUGGGUGCCUUGUGGAGCAUGAGAACAAGGUCCUUCUUUGCAGAAGAAAGAUUGAACCAGCUUAUGGCCUUUGGACUCUUCCUGCUGGUUAUUUGGAGGUCGGAGAGUCUGCGGCAGAGGGAGCCUCCAGGGAAACACUGGAAGAAGCUUGUGCAGAUGUGGAGAUAGUCUCGCCUUUUGCUCAGCUGGAUAUUCCGCUGAUUGGCCAAAGUUACAUUAUUUUCCGAGCAAGAAUGAAGACCCCAAAUUUCUCACCUGGAGUCGAGUCGCUAGAAUGUGCACUUUUUGCUCUGGAUGAUAUACCAUUCGAUUCUCUAGCAUUUUCUUCAAUCAUCGUCACCCUGAGAAUGUAUAUUGAAGAUGUCAAGUCCGGAAACAUCAAAUUCCAUUACUGCACUAUAAACAAGAGGAUCGGAGCCGGAGCUUCAGACCUCCGCAGUUUCGAUAUCGACAACCAUUUAGCUGUGUGAGCUUGUGCAAAUUUCAAGGCUGAUCUCGAUGGAUAAUGUGAUUUCUGUCACACAGCAACCCUAGGACAUCGGCGCAGCAAUCACAUUGGUCGUUGGUUCAACUGGUCAUGCAUGGACUCAUGGGUGGGGCCUUGUGUGGCCACGGAUUGUUGUAGGUUGUUAAGCUGCUCCUGGAAUUGUAAAUGAUUAUGUUUCUUGAAGUGCCCUUCUUUUCACAAAGGAUAUCUUGAGCAAUUUAGAAGAUGGUUGCAUUUUGAUUUUAUCAGCUUACCAAAUGAUUUGUAUCAUGGUGCUGCAAACUAAAAUCCUGCAUUGCGGUGGUAAGGGUUGUGAUGCCAGCGGCAGUUUGAAACGAAAUUCUGUAACUAUUUCUUCCAACUGUUGUUGCAACUAAUUCGAAUACAUAAGCGGUGGAUUGCCAUUUGAAAAUGAAUUAUGUUGUUUUCUUCAA